CUAUCGCGAGCGGCGGGUGGUCUGCGCGGCGUGCUCGGCGGCGGCGGCGGCGGCGGCUCUGGGCGGUUGGGCGCUUACUGGGACCGGCGGGAGAAGCGGCGGUGGUGUGUCUCCAGGUCGCGGCGUCUGGCUCCCGGAGCUGCAGCGGCAAGAGAAGGAGGAUGGCGGAGUCAUCGGAUAAGCUCUACCGGGUCGAGUACGCUAAGAGCGGGCGCGCGUCUUGCAAGAAAUGCAGCGAGAGCAUCCCCAAGGACUCGCUCCGGAUGGCCAUCAUGGUGCAGUCGCCCAUGUUUGAUGGGAAAGUCCCGCACUGGUACCACUUCUCCUGCUUCUGGAAGGUCGGCCACUCCAUCCGACACCCCGACGUCGAGGUGGACGGGUUCUCCGAGCUCCGGUGGGACGACCAGCAGAAGGUCAAGAAGACCGCGGAGGCUGGAGGAGUGACGGGCAAAGGCCAAGACGGAGCCAGCAGCAAGGCUGAGAAGACGCUGGGUGACUUUGCAGCGGAGUAUGCCAAGUCCAACAGAAGCACAUGCAAGGGCUGUAUGGAGAAGAUAGAAAAGGGCCAGGUGCGCCUGUCCAAGAAGAUGCUGGACCCAGAGAAGCCACAGCUGGGCAUGAUUGACCGCUGGUACCACCCGAACUGCUUUGUUCAGAACAGAGAGGAGCUGGGCUUCCGGCCUGAGUACAGUGCGAGCCAGUUCAAGGGCUUCAGCCUCCUCUCUGCAGAGGACAAAGAAGCCCUGAAGAAGCAGCUCCCGGGCAUCAAGAGUGAAGGAAAGAGAAAAGGUGACGAGGUGGAUGGAACGGAUGAAGUGGCCAAGAAGAAAUCUAAAAAAGAAAAAGACAAGAAUAGUAGGCUUGAAAAGGCCCUCAAGGCCCAGAACGAGCUGAUCUGGAACAUCAAGGAUGAACUGAAGAAAGCAUGUUCGACGAAUGACCUGAAAGAGCUGCUCAUCUUCAACAAGCAGCAAGUGCCGUCCGGGGAGUCGGCGAUCUUGGACCGAGUGGCUGAUGGCAUGGUGUUCGGUGCCCUCCUUCCCUGUGAGGAAUGCUCAGGCCAGCUGGUCUUCAAGAGCGAUGCCUAUUACUGUACUGGGGACGUCACUGCCUGGACCAAGUGCAUGGUCAAGACCCAGAUGCCCAAGCGGAAGGACUGGGUGACCCCAAAGGAAUUCCGAGAGAUCUCUUGCUUCAAGAAACUGAAGAUCAAAAGGCAGGACCGUAUAUUCCCCCCAGAGACCAGCGCCCCAUUGGCAGCGGCACCCCCGCCCUCUGCAGCCUCAGUGCCUGCUACAGUGAACUCUGCUCCACCAGACAAGCCGUUAGCCAACAUGAAGAUCCUGACUCUUGGGAAACUCUCCCGGAAUAAGGAUGAAGUGAAGGCCAUGAUCGAGAAACUCGGGGGGAAGUUGACAGGGACAGCCAACAAGGCCUCCCUGUGCGUCAGUACCAAAAAGGAGGUGGACAAGAUGAAUAAAAAGAUGGAGGAAGUAAAAGAGGCCAACAUCCGCGUGGUGUCUGAGGAUUUCCUCCAGGAUGUCUCUGCCUCCACCAAGAGCCUUCAGGAGUUGCUCUCAACCCACAUCUUAUCCCCCUGGGGGGCCGAGGUGAAGGCUGAGCCAGUUGAAGCAGUGGCCCCAAGAGGGAAGUCAGGGGCUGGGCUCUCCAAGAAGAGCAAGGGCCCCGUCAAGGAGGAAGGUCCCAACAAAUCUGAAAAGAGAAUGAAAUUAACUCUUAAAGGAGGAGCAGCUGUCGACCCUGAUUCUGGUCUGGAACACUCUGCGCACGUCCUGGAGAAAGGCGGAAAGGUCUUCAGCGCCACCCUCGGCCUGGUGGACAUUGUUAAGGGAACCAACUCCUAUUACAAGCUGCAGCUCCUGGAGGACGACAAGGAGAGCAGGUAUUGGAUAUUCAGGUCCUGGGGCCGAGUGGGCACAGUGAUUGGUAGUAACAAGCUGGAGCAGAUGCCAUCCAAGGAAGAUGCCAUUGAGAAUUUUAUGAAAUUGUAUGAAGAGAAAACCGGGAAUGCCUGGCACUCCAAAAACUUCACAAAGUAUCCCAAAAAGUUCUACCCUCUGGAGAUUGACUAUGGUCAGGAUGAAGAGGCGGUGAAGAAGCUAACAGUAAACCCUGGCACCAAGUCCAAGCUCCCCAAGCCAGUGCAGGACCUCAUUAAGAUGAUCUUUGAUGUGGAAAGCAUGAAGAAAGCCAUGGUGGAGUACGAGAUUGACCUUCAGAAGAUGCCCCUGGGGAAGCUGAGCAAAAGGCAGAUCCAGGCUGCCUAUUCCAUCCUCAGUGAGGUCCAGCAGGCAGUGUCCCAGGGCAGCAGCGACUCCCAGAUCCUGGAUCUCUCAAAUCGCUUCUACACCCUGAUCCCCCACGACUUCGGAAUGAAGAAGCCUCCGCUCCUGAACAAUGCGGACAGUGUGCAGGCCAAGGUGGAAAUGCUGGACAACUUGCUGGACAUUGAGGUGGCCUACAGCCUGCUCAGGGGUGGUUCUGAUGACAGCAGCAAGGACCCCAUCGAUGUCAACUAUGAGAAGCUCAAAACUGACAUUAAGGUGGUGGACAAAGAUUCCGAAGAAGCAGAGACCAUCAGGAAGUAUGUUAAGAACACUCAUGCGACCACACACAAUGCGUACGACUUGGAAGUCAUUGAUAUCUUUAAGAUAGAGCGUGAAGGGGAGACCCAGCGUUACAAGCCGUUUAAGCAGCUGCACAACCGAAGGUUGCUGUGGCACGGGUCCAGGACCACCAACUUUGCUGGGAUCCUGUCCCAGGGUCUCCGGAUAGCCCCGCCUGAAGCGCCUGUGACCGGCUACAUGUUUGGUAAAGGGAUCUAUUUCGCUGACAUGGUCUCCAAGAGUGCCAACUACUGCCACACAUCCCAGGGAGACCCAAUAGGCCUCAUUCUGUUGGGAGAAGUUGCCCUUGGAAACAUGUAUGAACUGAAGCACGCUUCACAUAUCAGCAAGUUACCCAAGGGCAAGCACAGUGUCAAAGGUUUAGGCAAAACUACCCCUGACCCUUCAGCUAGUAUUACUAUGGAUGGUGUAGACGUUCCCCUUGGGACCGGGAUUCCAUCUGGUGUGAGCGACACCUGUCUACUGUAUAACGAGUACAUUGUCUACGAUAUUGCUCAAGUCAAUCUGAAGUAUCUGCUGAAGCUGAAGUUCAACUUCAAGACUUCCCUGUGGUGAGCUGUGAGGUGCGGCUGAGUCGCAGCCCAGUGACUGGUGUGAAUUCGCCUGAUGGGCUUCACCCUGACCGACCAGGCAGAGACCUCAGCUAGGUUGCCAAGGGAUAGUACCUUCACUAAAUCUCCUUAGAAAGGAUUUUAUAUGAACACUUGGUCACAUGUUUAAUGAUUUUCCCAGCUUUUCUGAUCCCUUUUUGUGUUGGUCAGGGCAGGGGAGGGGGGUUGUUUUGAGGGUUUUUUUUCUGCCAGCCAUAACCUUGGUAGAUACAACUGACAGUAGAGGAAAAGUUGGGGAGGGUUUUUGUGUGUGUGUGUGUGUGUGUGUGUGUGAGUCUAGACUAGUCCAGUGAAAGAAUCAAGCCACGUUAGAACGUCUGCCUUACUGGUUACCCCAGGGAAGGAAAAAAUAAUCUUCCAUCCUUACUUCUAAGUGUUCAUCUUUAGUUUUGGAAGAAAUGUUAAAGCAUUUAUUUUGAGGUAAAAAUAAAAACUAAUUUCAUACUAUUUAAA